UUCUUUAUGGUAUGGUAUUUGCUCUGCUAUACUUUGCACUCACGCAGUACAGCCUUAUUGAUGACAAGAGUGGUUCAAACUUACUUGGAGGACGUUUGGCCCUAGCAGUCUCGUUCGUAGCAACCAUCUUUAUUGUUUCAUACUCUUCUAUGACAUUCAUCUGCUCGACGAAACCAGACUGCAAUGAAAUUCAUCCAUUUGUUGCAUGGGUGCCAAUCACUGGCUACAUUAUUCUUCGGAAUAUGGUAGGUAUACUACGCACCCGCUAUUCUUCAUUCUUCGCCUGGUUUGGCCGCAUCUCCUUGGAGCUGUUUGUCUGUCAGUACCACAUAUGGCUUGCAGCCGACACCCAUGGUGUUUUGGUACUGAUUCCAUCAUAUCCAGUUGCUAAUGUCCUUGUGACAUCAUUCAUCUUUAUAUGCAUUUGCCAUGAGAUUCAUCACAUCACAAACAUCAUCACCCCCUUCUUUGUGCCAAACGAUUCCCUGAGAGCAAUGCGCAAUUUGAGCGUUUUUGCUUUCCUUUUGAUGGCAAUAGCAGUACAUGACGGUGUCUUUUGAAUUCUAAAAGGAUUUUGAUACUUGUAAAUUAUGAUAACAUCAUCACCAUUCACCUCAGAAUAAGACACAUAACCUAAGAGAAUGAUGACCAUAUUCCAUGCAAGUGUACCAUAUUCUAUAUUUCUUUUGACACUAACUAGAGGAAGAAAGGUGUCACGGCUUGAGUGGCAGUACUCCCUUGCCUCUUAUGUUUAGUGCUUUGCUGUGGUAAUGCUAGUCUUUAUAUGCCUGAUAUUGUUGUGUAUUUCCCUUAUGUUCAGAUAAGAUCUAUCUAA